AUGUCGGCCCCAAGCGAAGGCAGCGCCGCAGGGGAACCCAAAGAUGAGGGGGCCCGCGCAUCUGCAGAAACCCCCAGGGGGGCCCCCGCGGGGGCCCCCCGUGGCUCUUCAGCUUUAAGCGGCGAAGACCUCUCCACAGCGUACAACUUGGGCCUGCGAAACAACAAUGAGUUGACACAGCAGCUGCUUCUAGACCAGGGCUGGCCACGGGAGAAGAUCGUCGCGGUGUUCAACAGGCUCAACGAAGCGAGGGCGGGGGUGAUCCGGAAGAAAGGCGACAACAUUUGCUGCGUCGUCCGCCCGGCCAACGUCAUCCCCGCGCUGAAGCAGCUGGACGCGCUCGACUACAAAGUUUACUGCGCAGUGGAGCUGGCAGGGAACACCGGUGUCUGGACAGCUGACAUUCGAAAGAGCACGGGACUCCAGACGCACAUUAUUCAAAGAGGAGUUAAAAAUCUUUGCGAGAACCUGCAGCUCAUAAAGCCCGUGAAGAGCAUUCACGUUAAGAACAGAAAAAUGUACAUCUUGUCGCACAUGGAGCCAGCGAAAGAGAUUGCAGGGGGUUCAUUCUACACGAAUGGAGAAUUCAACGAACAGCUUGUCGAACAACUUCGAGAGCGCCUCGCAGUGUUUCUGUGCAACGCCAGGUCCUCCACAUUCUCGUCGCUCGUGGCCUUCGUGCGCAGCAGCGGUGACGUAGCCGGGAGUGCGUUCACAGAGGAGGACAUAUCACAGCUGGUAGCGACGCUCGAGUGCGAAGACAAAGUAGCGCGAAUACGCACGGGAACUGAGACCACAUUUGUUUGGAAUCAAAGUGAAAACCUGCACCUUCUCGAUACUGUUCCCUGCAUCGGGUGUCCGCUCGUGGGGGAUUGCAGCGCAAACGGCAAAGUCAACCCCAGAGACUGCACCUACCUCUCGCACUGGCUUGGACUGGACGUGGAUGUAGAUGUCCGUGGCGAGGGAGAGCAAGGCAUAUAG